AUGUCAGUAUCCAACAUCAACCGCACUUUCACCACGGCCGCCGCUGCUGCCCUCCUCGUCACCCUCCUCUUCAUCGCCUCCUUUACCAUCGCCGCACCCGUUCCAUCACCCGCCCCGCACUCAAUUGCCGAACCACACUCAAUCGCCGAUAAACUGUUCAAGAUCGUCGGCAAGGCUUCUGCAUAUCUCGUCGCCCCCAUUUUGCCUCGUCCUUUGAUUGCGGGAAUCCAGGACGUGGACAGACAUGCCGUGACCGGAGCCCCUCCAAAGUACAACGACAGGGGUCUUUUGUACCAGGUUGGUACUGUUGUUGGCACGGUUGGGUCUACAGUUGGACCAGAUAGCCGCGUUGCGGGUGCUGUUGAGGGGACUGAGGAGACCACCGGUUUGUAG